AUGUCAGACAGAAAGUUGAUCCUUGUUAUGGGAAUACUGGCGCUCAGGGCACUCCCGUUGUCAAGGGUACGUCGCAUUCCAGACGGGAUUGCGAGGAACAGCAGUCUAACAUGGAGAAUGAUAGCCCUUUCCUCAAGUGGCCGCUACGAUGUCCGAGUACUGACUCGAAAUACCGCCUCAGAGCAGGCUAGGAAAAUGGUUGUGCUACCUCAGGUAACGCUCCAGCAAGGCUUCCAGGAAACCAGGCAGAUCUCCACGCUGCCUUCGCCAGCGUAUACGGCGCCUGGACGGCUUUACGCUCGGGGAAAAAGCGAGCUGAUCUACGGUAUACGAGCGUACGAGAUCGCUCGUCAUCAUGGCGUCAAACACUAUGUUUUCGCGAAUAUCGACUAUACUCUCCGUAAAGCAGGAAAAGAGGAUGGUUCAUUUGCUUGGGAGAAUCCGGCUGCGGACGGCAAGAUCCCGCUCAUUGCACUCGACGACGUCGGAGUCUACAGCCUCUGGCUUUUUGACAACCCCUCGCAGUCCGCAGGCCUUAACCUCGAAGUCGCGACAGAUCAAGUAAGCUUCGCCGAGAUAGCGACCACUUUCACUAAGGUUACGAGAAAAAAAGGUAUCCACAAGCGGCUUUCUUUAGAUGAGUACCUGGACGAGGCCGAGCUGUAUCCAGGAGCGUAUGCAAACUGGGCGGUGGCCUCGGAUGUGCCUCGCGACGAGUCAUUUAUGACCUGGCGGGAGAAUUUCACAGCCUGGUGGGGGUAUUGGAGUGAGGGCAAAGGUGCAACAAGAGAUAUGGCACUGAUGGAUCGGAUUCACCCGUCUCGGAUCCCAAGUUUGGAGGCGUGGAUGAGAAUGAAGGGGUAUGAUGGCCGGCCAAGGCUCCAUCCUCCAUACCCGAUCAUCAUGGCCUCAUUCCUCGUAGAUGGACGAUUCCCGCCCGUCCCAUUGCCUCCAUCAAAAGAUAUAAAAAGCGAAGAAAGAAGCACGGCGAUUGACUUCGUCAACCGUCACAACCUCAUUUUCCAAGAAUUCAACUACGACAAGGUGACAGCCACGUUUCUCCCAGACGCCAUCGUGUACCAUAGCCACGGCACGAUCCGAGGUCACGCCGAGAUCAAACAAUUCCUUGAGAAUGUGUAUGGAUUCUUCAUCCCUGGCAUUGGUCGCAGUGCUACAAACCACGUUGUUGACCGCGAUGAGAACGGAGGCGUCGUGGUCAGAUAUCAAGAGACUCUAAUUAGAUACGGGUGGGGCGAGGGCGAACCCGAUGCAGAUGUUGUUGCUGGGCGCGACAUAGUGAGGGCCGAUGGAUUGCCAGCGAUCUGGUGGUUUGGACAGGUCGUUGAUCGCUUGAGGAUUGCCGCGAAUGGAUGGAGAAUCUUGGAGCGGUACUUGGGGGGUUCUUUCAGAAAUCAGAGCUUGGAUUUGACCAACAAAGUGUGA